CGUUGCCACGGGAACGGGUCCAGCGCCGGACGAGGCCCAGCCAGCCUCGGCCCGGCCCGGCUGUACAGCCAUCAUACCCCUGGAUCCGGAGCCCUAGGACUAGCCGUCCUAAUCUCCGCCGCACAGCUCGGGAUGGGGCUCCGCUCCGGGGUGCGCCCCCGCCCGUUCCCGGGGGCCGUCCGGGCCGCGAGGGUCUGAAGCGCGGCCGCCCGGGGAAGGGGGGCGUGUGGACGGCCAGGCGCGAGGGCUGAACCUCUGGGAGACCUUGGCGGGGCCGAUCUGGCUCGGCCUAAAUGACGCGCAGAUGUUCUCCAGUCAGCAAACAUUCACUGAGUACCUUCUGUGUACAAGAUGAACAUCUGCAACAAGCCCUCCAACAAGACAGCCCCUGAGAAGAGUGUGUGGACAGCACCCUCGCAGGCCAGCGGACCCUCCCCGGAGCUGCAGGGCCAGCGGUCACGCCGGAAUGGGUGGAGCUGGCCCCCUCACCCGCUCCAGAUUGUGGCCUGGCUGCUGUACCUCUUCUUCGCUGUGAUCGGCUUUGGGGUCCUUGUCCCCCUCCUGCCUCACAACUGGGUGCCCGCUGGCUAUGCUUGUAUGGGCGCCAUCUUUGCCGGCCACCUCGUGGUGCACCUGACUGCCGUCUCCAUCGAUCCAGCAGAUGCCAACGUACGGGACAAGAGCUAUGCAGGGCCCCUGCCCAUCUUCAACCGCAGCCAACAUGCACACGUCAUUGAAGACCUGCACUGCAAUUUGUGCGACGUGGAUGUGAGUGCUCGCUCUAAGCACUGCAGUGCCUGCAACAAGUGUGUGUGCGGCUUCGACCACCACUGCAAGUGGCUCAACAACUGUGUGGGCGAAAGGAACUACUGGCUCUUUCUACACAGUGUGGCAUCUGCUUUACUGGGUGUCCUACUCCUCGUGCUGGUGGCCAUUUAUGUCUUCGUGGAGUUCUUUGUCAAUCCCAUGAGGCUGCGUACCAACCACCACUUUGAAGUCGUGAAGAACCACACCGAUGUGUGGUUCGUGUUCCUGCCUGCCGCCCCCGUGGAGACCCAGGCUCCUGCUAUCCUGGCCCUGGCUGCCCUGCUCAUCAUUCUGGGCUCGCUGUCCACAGCCCUGCUCGGCCACCUGCUCUGCUUCCACAUUUAUCUCAGGUCCCCUUUCCACUGCACUGAGCCCUGUCCUCACCCCUCAGUGUGGCACAAGCUCACCACCUACGAGUACGUCGUGCAGCAUCGUCCACCACAGGAGGCGAGGGGGGCCCACAGGCAGCUCGAGUCAUGUCCCCCCAAGAUGCGGUCCAUUCAGGGGACAGACUUCUACAUGCGGACCUUCAGUCACGUGCGUCCAGAGCCCCCUGGCCAGGCCAGGCCUGCCGCAGUGAAUGCCAAUUCCUCCCCAUUCCUUGCCACCAGCGGCCAAGAGGAGCCUCCACCACCCUCUUCCCCAGAGAUUCUCACUCUGCCCCCUGGGAUCCGACCCCAGAAAAAGAGGAAGCCGGGGCCCCAGGCCCCGGGCCACGGCUCCAGCUCUUCGUCGGAUUCUGCCAGCGCUAGCCCGGUACACGCUGCCGGCCCUGCAGGCACCUACCGCUCGGCGUCAGCCGAGUCCAUGGACGAGAUUCCCGUGGCUCAGACGCGCCUGGGCAGCGCCGCCCUGGCGGUUCCUGGAGGCAGGGGCGGAGAACCCGGGCUGGCGCUGCAGACACUGCAGGCACAGCUGCCUGCUGUUUUCGUGAGUCCGAGCAGCGGUGAGCCCGGGGCACCGGGCGGCCCGGAGGCUGGCCUGGCUUAGCUGGGCCGAGAGGCAGGAGGGCCGAGGAGGAGCGGCCGGCCGGGCCGACCCGACUCUCUCUAUGCAACACCCCCACCCUCACAGAACGAGUGCACUUUAGGAGCCCCUACUGCCGGCAGGAUCGGCCCCCCUCCCCCACGACUCAGCAAUACCUGCCCCACUGGCCAUGAUGCUCCAAUAAACUUUUUUAUGCUUUUGUGGA